UUCUCCGCUGGCUUUUGUUCAGUUAUCUCCGCAGGCGCCCCUCACUCACCUCAGGUGGAUUUUCUGGGGCGUAGUGGAUCUCUAUCAGGAUCACUGGCAUUUCCCGUGGCAUUUAGUAGAAAGAGAGUCAUAAAGAAAGAAUGCUGGGAAGAACCUUUGGUUGUUGACUUAACCAGCAGCACAGAAAUGUUUGUCUGUUAACAUAGCACCUUUAAACAAACAAGCCACUGACUUGUUGCACAUUGUAGCUCUCAAAGCCCCUCUGUCUAAAUGAAUUGAACUCAAGGAAGUGAAAAGUAAAGUCUAGCUAUUCCUAACUGGCAACACGUGAACAUGAACCUUAGGAAACACAGCAGCCUCUGUGAGAGACCUGUCUGUAUAACCCUUACAGACCCCUAAAUUUUUUAAGAAUUAAAAAAAAUAUAUAUAUACACACACAUAGUUAAAGGGCUGUAUCUUGACUGUUUUCCCUGAAAAAAUGUGAAUAUACUACAAAAAUAUGUGAGAAGUUAAGAUUGAUGAAUAGAGUUUGCUUUCUGCAGCCUGAAGACUUUUAAAUAGACACUGAAGGAGGAGGAAGCAAACUUAGUUGCAAGAAACCUAAUACUGCUGGAAGAAGGGGGAGACGUGGGACCAAAAAUAGAGCAGGAGCCGGGUCUAGGGAAGCCCUUUUGUUGAGUUGUUUCAUUGGCUUUAAAUGAUCGCUUUCCUAGAAGCAACAAGAAAAACUGGUCCAGUUUGUUUUCAGAAUUGGAAGAAAAUACUUAUAUUUUGAGAGACUUGGAGUUUCCAGCAUUGCCCAGCAUUGGAGAAAUUUUUCCUGCUCCUCGGACAGAGUGGAGAGAGCACAGGGACAGCCCAGCAGCGGGGUGAAGAGCACAGUUACAGGCGGUGUCUGCUUUUCUUAUUACUGUUGAUCCACGUUCAGUAAUGUUUAAUAAUAGACUUUGAAAAAGCCUGGUUGAAUUUACAUAUCCAGGUUUUGGAAGGUGACAGUGAAAUGUGAAGAAGUUACAUUUCUAAUGUGAUACUUGAAAGUUAGUGACUGCUUUUGAAAUUUUCAUGAAAAUUAAAUAUGACUUAGAAGCAUUGGUUUAUGAAGUUUUAUGAUGUCAUCGGUUGCGACUGAAAGCAAACUCCAGCAGGCUGUGAGCCUUCAGGGAGUGGACCCGGAAACAUGCAUGAUCGUGUUUAAAAACCACUGGGCACAGGUUGUAAAGAUCUUAGAGAAGCACGACCCCUUGAAGAACUCCCAGGCAAAAUAUGGAUCCAUCCCCCCAGAUGAGGCCAGUGCUGUGCAGAAUUAUGUAGAACACAUGCUCUUCCUGCUGAUUGAAGAACAAGCCAAGGAUGCUGCAAUGGGGCCAAUUCUGGAAUUUGUGGUCUCUGAGAACAUUAUGGAGAAACUCUUCCUCUGGAGCUUGAGACGGGAAUUUACUGAUGACACUAAAAUCGAGCAGCUCAAGAUGUAUGAGAUGCUGGUCACCCAGUCACACCAGCCACUGCUCCACCACAAGCCCAUUCUGAAGCCCCUGAUGAUGUUGCUGAGCUCUUGUUCAGGGACAGCCACCCCCGUCGUGGAAGAGAAGCUGGUUGUCCUGCUCAAUCAGCUGUGUUGCAUCCUUGCCAAAGAUCCAUCCAUUCUGGAACUCUUCUUCCACACGAGCGAGGACCAAGGGGCGGCCAACUUCCUCAUCUUCUCCCUUCUGAUUCCUUUCAUUCACCGAGAGGGGACAGUGGGUCAGCAGGCCCGGGAUGCUUUGCUUUUCAUCAUGUCUCUCUCUGCCGAGAACAGUAUGGUGGCCCAUCACAUCGUAGAGAACACCUACUUUUGUCCAGUGCUUGCAACUGGGCUCAGUGGACUCUACUCUUCCCUGCCUACCAAGCUGGAAGAGAAAGGCGAAGAGUGGCACUGCCUUCUCAGAGAUGACUGGCUCCUGCUGCCUUCCCUCGUGCAGUUCAUGAACUCCCUGGAGUUCUGCAAUGCCGUCAUACAGGUGGCUCAUCCCUUGAUUCGUAAUCAGCUUGUAAGUUAUAUUUACAAUGGGUUCUUGGUACCAGUCUUGGCUCCUGCACUCCAUAAGGUGACCGUGGAGGAAGUCAUGACCACCACUGCGUACCUGGACCUCUUUCUGCGCAGCAUCUCCGAGCCGGCGCUACUGCAGAUCUUCCUCCGCUUCAUCCUGCUGCACCAGCACGAGAACGUCCACAUCCUAGACACUCUCACCAGCCGAAUCAACACCCCGUUUCGGCUCUGUGUGGUGUCCCUGGCAUUGUUUAGAACUCUCAUCGGUUUACACUGUGAAGAUGUGAUGUUACAGCUAGUUCUGAGGUACCUGAUCCCCUGCAAUCACAUGAUGCUGAGUCAGAGGUGGGCUGUGAAGGAGAGAGACUGUUACUCUGUGUCCGCGGCCAAGUUGCUCGCCCUGACCCCAGUCUGCUGCUCCAGCGGGAUCACCCUGACCCUUGGGAACCAAGAGAGGGAUUAUAUUCUCUGGUCCAAGUGCACGCACGAUGGUGCAGGGCCCCUGGAGCAGCCGCGCCCCGAGGCGUCCCCUCCGGCCGCCUGCAUCGUGGAGCGCGGCAGAGCCCUGGACAUCAGCUACCUGCAGUACCUCUGGGAGGCCCGCGCCAACAUCCUCCAGUGCAUGCGGGACUGCCGCGCCUGGUCCGCCCUCUACGACGGGGACUCGCCGGACCCGGAGACGUUUCUGCAGAGCCCGACGGAGGAGAGCGCUCCCAGCUCCACCUGCCCCGCGUUCCGGCCGCCGCCGCCGCCCCUCGGGAAGACGGGGCCUCCGCCGGCCACGAGGAAGGACAAGAACCAGACGGACCUGGAGUGGGACGACAGCUACGACACCGGCAUCUCCUCCGGGGCGGACGCGGGCUCCCCCGGGCCCUACGACGACCUGGAGAACGCUGGCCCGCCGAUGCCGAUGGAUCCCCCCAAACACAUCCAGGAGAUGAAGAAGAACGCCAUCCUCCGCUUCAAAGGGACCUACAUCGAAGAGUCUGACUUUCAGGACGACGUGAUGGUGUACAGGCUGUGUGCCGAGAAGGACUCUGAGGAUGCCAGAAGUUCACAGGAGGAACCUGCGAGGCCCACUGCCCAGGACCCGGCCGAGGGUCAGAGCGACCCCGUGAACAACGGCCUCCUGCCCAGCCCCCAGCCGGAAACAGACUCAGAGGGGGACCGUAACAGGGACAACUCAGACAUGUUUCCAAACGUGUCCAAGGAACCACAAGGGGAGCCUGAGCCUGCAGUAGCCCCAGAAUCACACGCAGAGUCAGCACCAUGUGUCUCUGAGGCAGAGCACAAUUCAGACCUGGUGGAUAUUGACCCAGAGGGAGAAGACUUCAUUGCCCAGUACGACCAAAUCAUUAAGGAACUGGACUCCGGCACGGAGGGCUUGAUGGGACAGAAUUUUUCUGCACCUGAUCCCUCGCUCCUCACAAAUGAGCCAGAGGGAAAGGAAGACAGCAGAGGCGAAGGGGAGGAGGAGGCGGCAGCGAAGAAGGACCUAGAAGAGGAGGAGGAUGACUUCGACUCUUUUAUAGCGGAAGCCCCUGCCGUAGAGGCCGUGCCGUACCCGUUCGGGGUGAGAGAGGAGGCUGACUUUGCCAGCCACCGGCCCGUGAGGACUCAGAGCAUCCCGUUCACAGGCCCCUUCAUCAGCGUGGUCCUGUCGAAGCUGGAGAACAUGCUGGAGAAUUCUUUGCACGUGAAUUUGCUGCUUAUUGGAAUCAUUACACAGCUGGCCAGCUACCCCCAGCCUCUCCUGCGCUCCUUCCUGCUCAACACCAACAUGGUCUUCCAGCCGAGCGUCCGCUCUCUCUAUCAGGUCCUAGCAUCUGUGAAAAACAAGAUUGAACAGUUUGCCUCUGUGGAGAGAGACUUCCCAGGACUCCUCAUACAAGCCCAGAAAUACCUGCUCUUCCGAGUGGACAUGUCUGAUGUGACACUUGAGUCACUAACCAAAGAUUCCACUCAGGAUGCUUCCAGGACAGGGACUGGCAAGAGCCUUUUGGAUGGUCCGCCAAGGGUGCUUCAGCCCUUCCUGACGAACAGAGCCAAGGCAGCCGGGGUGCCCCCCAGCCUGCCCCUGCCGGUGAGGAACACCAUGCUGGCUGCGGCGCUCUUCCCGGAGUUCCUGAAGGAGCUGGCCGCCUUGGCCCAGGAACACUCCAUCCUCUGCUACCAGGUCCUGGGCGACUUUGAGGACUCCUACUGUUAGGGUUUUUUAAAAAAAGAUUUUAGUGUCUUGACUGAAUGUUAAAUGCAAAGCUGCUUACAAAAA